UUCUCGCUCUACAGCACAGUUGCAUACACACAGAGAGAGAAACUUCCAUUGUUUUGAUACUUCGUAGAUAGUAUACUGCCUAGCUAGACAUACCACAUAUAGAGUAUGGGUUCUUGGAAGCGCACCAUCACGACGCCGUUCAGGAAGGCGUGCACCAUCCUCAGCCCGCAGCACGGCAGCGGGAGGAGCGACGAUCAGCACGGCGGCAGCGGCCACGACGGCAAGAAGACGCCGCGCACGCGCCACCAUCUGAAGCGGUCCGGAGCGGCGGCGGCGGCGGCGGCGGCAAUGGCGCAGGGCGAGGUGGUGGAGAGCCCGUCGACGACAGCGCAGCUCUACGGCGACGUGAUGGCGUGCGCCUACGAGGACGUGCAGGUCAUGUGGUCCAUGCUGGACAACAAAGCCAAGGUCCUCGACAGCGCCGCCUCGUGACCACGCGCUCCGUCAUCACCACCGAUCGAUCGAUGGGUCGAGGAGUUUCAUCAUCGAUCCAGUACAUACUACUGCCACAUCGCCCACUGCACCCAGAUUUCAGAGCCUUUGGCGCUCAAUCUGCAGACCGUCGACGACGAGUCCUGAAACUCUUCUCCGUUUUCUUUUUGUUGAGCCUGAAAUGAAUCCCCGGCACUGGCAUGGUACCUAAUUAAUUAAGCUAUAAGGUGCUAGCUAGCUUGGAGUGAUUUGAUAGAUUGCCGCCACAGCGUUAGGAUGGAUCUCUGAUCAUUGAGGGCAUGUUUUCCUUUUCUCUUCCUUUUUGGUGUCACAGAUGGAUAUGGAUGUAUUCGGUCGUGCAUCAUCCGAUUCGCCAAUCAAUGACAAGAGUUUUUGAACAUCUGGGACCCCCUUCCGUGCCUGUAUUGCACAUGGUCUGUCUCCGUCCUUGUUUGCCGACAUGUCUUAAUUACUUUGGCAAAA